AUGGAUGUUGAGAGAAUAUUCAACAGCGAAACCACAGAAUAUGUCGCUUCUGAAGCCAGAAAAACGACACCCUGUGGUCGAUUCUUGCUCACACUGGAUCACUUUGCGAAAUUCAGCGUGACUCUCCUCAUUGAGUGCCUCUGGAUUCUAUGGGACUUUGUGAGAUGUUAUCCGAAGAGGAAGGAUUUGUCUGGUCAAGUGGCCCUCGUGACUGGAGGAGCGAAUGGCCUGGGUCGGGAAAUAUGCCUUCGCCUGGCAUGGGAAAAGUGUAAAAUUGCCGUGGUGGAUAUUAAUCUUGAGUGUGCCGAAAAAACCGUGAGGGAUUUGCACGAAAUGGGCGCCGAAGCGAAGGCUUACAAGGCGGAUGUGGCUGAUUUCGAGGCCAUGAAGAGGAUUCGUCAGGAAGUGCUAGUGGACUUCGGAUCUGUGGACAUUCUGGUGAAUAACGCCGGAUUUCUCGCUCUGCUAACACUCAAUCGCGCCACACCAGAGCAAAUCGAAAGAAUGGUGGCUGUCAAUGUGACUUCGGUGGUCAUGAUCACGAAGCUCUUCCUGGAAGACAUGAUCAGGCAGGACAGAGGUCAUAUUGUGGCCAUUUCCUCUCCAUUUGGUCUCUCGCCAACUUCACACACAAUGUACGGAAUGACUCUGUACGCUAUUCGCGGCUUUAUGACUUGUCUCAAUCAAGAAUUGAUCAUGAAAGGGUGGCAGAAUAAGAUCAAGACAACUUGUGCCUUUCCUUACUAUAUAGCAACAAGAAAGGAAUUGACGGACUACACGGAGUGUCUGAAUCUGCAAGGGAAAUUUGUGCUAAUAUCGCCCACAGAAGCUGCUGAGGCAAUUGUAAAGGGAAUCCAAUUUAAUAUGAGGAAUUUAACAAUUCCCGCUGGAUUCUACAUGCCAAUGACUGUGUUGGGGAUUUUCACUCCUCGCAUCAUCAGGAGAUUCUACCAACUGGCCCAUGGCUGGAGUUCAAAUUUCCCUUGA